CAUGAAUGGUAAUGAGAUGCGCAUGUGGAGCAGUGGGUGCAGCCAGCUCAGGUGUGAAGAGCUCCGAGAAACAGCUGCAGAUCCAGGGUGGAUGCAGAAAUGGAUGUCACAUGUGGAGCAGUGGGUGCAGCCAGCUCAGGUGUGAAGAGCGAGGAAUAGCUGCAGAUCCAGGGUGGAUGCAGAAAUGGAUGUCACAUGUGGAGCAGUGGGGGCAGGCAGCUCAGGUGUGAAGAGCUCCGAGAAACAGCUGCAGAUCCAGGGUGGAUGCAGAAAUGGAUGUCACAUGUGGAGCAGUGGGUGCAGCCAGCUCAGGGUGGAUGCAGAAAUGGAUGGCACAUGUGGAGCAGUGGGUGCAGGCAGCUCAGGAGUGAAGAGCUGCGAGGAACAGCUGCAGAUCCAGGGUGGAUGCAGAAAUGGAUGGCACAUGUGGAGCAGUGGGUGCAGGCAGCUCAGGUGUGAAGAGCGAGGAAUAGCUGCAGAUCCAGGUAGGUGUUGGUACUUUUUUGGGGGUGGGGAGAUGGGUUCCUUAUUUCGAGCUCUCAUCACUUAUUCCAACCAGGCAAUUAUCUCCACUUUACUAGUAGUUCACAAUUUUGUUGUUUUAUUGUCCAAUUAUAAAUAUUAUUUUGAAAUUCUAGUGAUAAAUAAAUUGUGUAUUUCCUUCCACUACCGUAUGGCCUGCUCUACUUCUCCAGUAAUUCAUUUUUUGAGCAUGUCACGAGUAGACACCAUUUUAGUGAUUACAUGAUACUUCUUUCCCAAGUCCAAAGUUUAAGAGGAGAUCGACAGAAUUGUAAUACAGACAACAUGUUGAUAGCUAUUUGAGAUAGUCACCAAUUAUCUGAAGGUGGGUCCUGACCUGAAGCGUCGCCUCUCCAUAUUCUCCAAGGAUCCUGCCUGUCUCGCUGAGUUACUCCAGCUCCUUGUGUCCUGGAAAUGCCUCAAAUGGUUUAAAGGCCAUGGUUUGAGUUGCUGCAUGAUUUUGAUAUAUUGGUCUGAGAUUCAGGAAUGUUUGCGGGGUGCAUGAUGGGGUACCAGACACAUCCAAGGUGAAUGAGAGAACAGUGGUCCCCUUCUGUUGUUUUUGAAUGAUGACCAUCAAAUUGAAUGACUAUUCUAAUUAUCUGUGUAUUUUUGUUCUGAACCUUUUUCUUUUGUUUACAGAGUUGAAGCUUUCAAGAGACAAUGAAUUUGCGUUUGAUCUCGCAAGAUGUACAUUUCAAAUAAAUGUUUUGCUUUCCUAAA